GCCAGGCGCAAAGUUGUGACCAGCAGUCCAACAACAGCGGCAGCGACUGAGCCAAAGGCAGAGCCGUCGAGUGUUCAUUGCGUAGCGACACGAAAAUGUUCAGAGCAUAAUAAAUCGCGGGCUGCUAAAGAAAUCAGCGCGCCACCCAGCUACAAUUGUCAAAAGUUGCAAACAAAGAGCCGCACGCAGCAAUAUGGCUGCUGCAUUUGCUUAUCGCUGGCUUUUGUGUGCGGCUGGCAUUGUUAAUGUGCUGCCGAUUGGAGCACAAAGGCACACAGCUUCAGAUAAUCCCUCAACGUACAAUAUAGGCGGCGUAUUGAGCAAUUCUGAAAGCGAGCUGCACUUUCACACAACAAUAGCGCAUCUAAAUUUCGAUCAGCAGUAUGUGCCGCGCAAAGUUACCUACUACGAUAAGACAAUACGCAUGGAUAAAAACCCAAUUAAAACGGUGUUCAACGUCUGCGAUAAGCUCAUCGAAAAACGAGUCUACGCCGUUGUCGUUUCGCAUGAGCAAACCUCAGGUGAUUUGUCGCCGGCAGCUGUGAGCUAUACCAGCGGCUUCUAUUCCAUUCCCGUCAUUGGCAUAUCCUCGCGGGAUGCGGCCUUUUCCGACAAGAAUAUCCACGUCUCUUUCCUGCGCACCGUGCCUCCCUACUAUCACCAGGCGGACGUUUGGCUCGAAUUGCUCAGUCACUUUUUGUACACCAAGGUAAUCAUCAUUCACAGCUCCGAUACGGAUGGACGCGCCAUCUUGGGUCGCUUCCAGACCACCUCGCAGACCUACUACGACGACGUCGAUGUGCGUGCCACCGUGGAGCUGAUUGUUGAAUUCGAGCCCAAAUUGGAAAGUUUUACGGAGCACCUGAUUGACAUGAAAACCGCACAGUCUAGGGUAUACCUCAUGUAUGCCAGCACGGAGGACGCUCAAGUGAUAUUCCGCGAUGCUGGUGAAUAUAAUAUGACCGGCGAGGGACAUGUGUGGAUUGUUACCGAACAGGCGCUGCAUGCGAACAAUACGCCCGACGGAGUGCUCGGCCUGCAGCUGGAGCACGCCCACAGCGACAAGGGACACAUUAGGGACAGCGUCUAUGUGCUGGCCUCGGCCAUCAAGGAAAUGAUUUCGAACGAGACCAUCGCCGAGGCGCCCAAGGACUGCGGCGAUUCGGCGGUCAACUGGGAGUCAGGCAAGCGACUGUUUCAGUACCUGAAGAGCCGAAAUAUUACGGGUGAAACGGGUCAGGUGGCCUUCGAUGACAACGGGGAUCGCAUUUACGCCGGCUACGAUGUGAUCAACAUACGCGAGCACCAGAAGCAGCACCUGGUGGGCAAGUUCAGUUACGAUAGCCUAAGGGCCAAGAUGCGUAUGCGCAUCAAUGACAGCGAGAUCAUUUGGGGCGGCAAACAGAAGCGCAAGCCGGAGGGCAUCAUGAUACCCACGCAUCUAAAGGUGCUGACCAUAGAGGAGAAGCCCUUUGUCUAUGUGCGGCGCAUGGGCGACGAUGAGUUCCGCUGCGAGCCGGACGAGCGUCCCUGCCCGCUGUUCAACGCCAGCGAUGCGACAACGAACGAGUUUUGUUGUCGUGGCUACUGCAUUGAUCUGCUCAUCGAGCUCUCGAAGCGCAUCAAUUUCACCUAUGACCUGGCCCUGUCGCCCGAUGGCCAAUUCGGACACUAUAUCCUGCGCAACAACACGGGCGCGAUGACUCUGCGCAAGGAGUGGACGGGCCUCAUCGGCGAGCUGGUCAAUGAACGUGCCGACAUGAUCGUCGCACCACUAACCAUUAAUCCGGAGCGUGCCGAGUAUAUCGAAUUCUCGAAACCAUUCAAAUACCAAGGCAUUACAAUACUCGAGAAGAAACCGUCCCGAUCGAGUACUCUUGUGUCUUUCUUGCAGCCAUUUAGUAACACGCUAUGGAUCUUGGUAAUGGUGUCGGUUCAUGUUGUGGCGCUCGUGCUCUAUCUGCUGGACAGAUUCUCACCGUUUGGACGCUUCAAGCUAUCGCACUCGGACAGCAACGAGGAGAAGGCCCUCAAUCUCAGCUCGGCGGUGUGGUUCGCCUGGGGCGUGCUGCUCAAUAGCGGCAUUGGCGAGGGCACGCCGCGCAGCUUCUCGGCCCGUGUGCUGGGCAUGGUCUGGGCUGGUUUUGCCAUGAUUAUUGUCGCCUCGUACACGGCCAAUCUGGCCGCCUUUCUUGUGCUGGAGCGACCCAAGACGAAGCUGAGCGGCAUCAACGAUGCCCGUCUGCGCAAUACCAUGGAGAAUCUAACCUGUGCCACGGUCAAGGGCUCAUCGGUGGACAUGUACUUCCGCCGCCAGGUGGAGCUAUCCAAUAUGUAUCGCACCAUGGAGUCCAACAACUAUGUUACCGCCGAGCAGGCCAUACAGGAUGUGAAGAAGGGCAAGUUGAUGGCUUUUAUUUGGGAUUCGUCUCGGCUCGAAUAUGAGGCUUCCAAGGACUGUGAACUGGUCACGGCUGGUGAGCUCUUUGGACGCAGCGGCUACGGCGUUGGCCUGCAGAAGGGUUCGCCUUGGACGGAUGCCGUAACGCUGACCAUACUGGAGUUCCAUGAGAGCGGCUUUAUGGAGAAACUGGACAAACAGUGGAUCUUUCAUGGCCACGUCCAGCAGAACUGCGAGCUCUUCGAGAAGACGCCCAACACGCUGGGCCUGAAGAACAUGGCGGGCGUUUUCAUUCUGGUGGGCGUGGGCAUCGCCGGCGGCGUGGGUCUCAUCAUCAUCGAGGUCAUCUACAAGAAGCAUCAGGUGAAGAAGCAAAAGCGCCUGGACAUUGCUCGGCACGCGGCGGACAAAUGGCGCGGCACCAUUGAGAAACGCAAGACAAUACGCGCCUCGCUGGCCAUGCAGCGACAGUACAAUGUGGGUCUGAUGGCCAGACAGCCGCCCGGCACCAUCAGCCUGGCGGUGGAUAAACGCCGCUAUCCCCGGCUGGGCCAGCGCCUGGGACCGGAGCGCGCCUGGCCUGGGGAUGCGGCCGAUGUGCUGCGCACACGCCGACCCUACGAUCUGACCAAGUCGGGUCUGGUGCCGCCAGCGCUGGGUCUGGGCAAGACGCGACCCCAACAGAAUCCAUUGCCGCCGCGCUACUCGCCCGGCUACACCAGCGACGUCUCGCACCUGGUCGUCUAAGUUAACAUUUUCGCCUCGGGCUCAAUGAAGCCAGAGGCAUAGGGAUAUUAUUAAUCAACCACGAACAUUGAUGUCUCAGCGGAACAUUCAUUUGCUCAAUAUGAAAGUCUAGACUUAAUCACAGUUUAUUUAUAUAAGUGCUGCAUUUAUGUGUGUGUCCAGCUAACAUAAUCAAAACCCAGAGUCAAGUUGUAUUUAUAUAUAUACAAGCACAUUUACCAUAUAUAUAUAUAUAUAUAUAUAUACAUUUAUUUGAUGGCAGUUAAGUUUGUGUAGUUGUCUGUAGAUUAGUAUAAGAAUUUGUUGAUCUCCAUGUUGAAUUGUCCCCCCUUCCACAUGCUUAUUGCUACUGCCCAUGUCCGCUUGAGCAUAUCCGCACUUUUAUGCCCUACCAAUUGUUAUAUAUGUCAAACGAAUUGUAAUUCAUGAGAAGGAGAAGGAUCAUCAGAAAGCCCACCCAUUGCUGCAGAGUGUAUACUAGAAUUUGAACACGAUUUUCCGGCUAUAAUACUUAAUUUGGGCCGCAACAUAAAAGCUCCGAUUUUCAAGCAACUUAUACACUGCGAAAAGAAAAGCCUAUUUAUUAUAUAAACAAUGUGAAACGAGUGCAGCUUUUCAUUAACCGGCUGAGUCUAUUAAUCAGAUCGAUUUGAGCAAACAGCUCGUUUGAGAAACAAAUACAGCUAAACAAACACAUUCACAAAUAGUUUUCAAAAUACUUGAAUUUAAGCGAACAGAAAUGGAAAACAGAAAACAGAAAACUUUAACUUGUCAUUGAAAAAAAAAAAACAUAAAAUGUCUAUCUAAUGUUAAGUGUGAAAGUUAACAGCAUAAA